GUCGAAGGUCUCCCUUUCCUCAAAGACACCGCAGAGCUCUUGCUCUCUGGAUACACCCGUCGCAGUUCCUCUCGAAGAACAACUUCUCGCGCGUUCAGUUGCCGCUCUCCUUAUUAUCCGGUCAUUAAGAAUACUUGGAAAGCACGUCCUAGUCCAGAACUGGGAUUAUCUUCUUGCUGUUUAUACGACAGACAGACAGGAUGCACCCGGAAGCAGUAUUGAGUUGGAGCUCGACGGAGAGUGUCCUAAUCACGGAGAUCGUCACGCCGAAUUCGAAUGGAUCUUUCUGGAUGCACCCGGAAGGGGGCUUUGCGGCAGGGGCGCUGAGUGCUUUCACCGUGACGGCCGUCUCGGAGCUGGGGGACAAGACCUUCUUCAUCGCCGUGGUUCUGGCAUGUUCGCACCCGGCCCUGAUUGUAUUGGCGGGAGCAUUAUCCGCCCUCGUGCUCAUGACCAUCCUUUCCGCCGCCCUGGGUCUAGUAUCAGCCUUCAUUCCAGAAAUGUAUGUGCAAUAUUUGUCCGCAUUCCUCUUCUUCAUUUUUGGAAUAAAAAUGCUCAAGGAAGGUUAUUCAAUGGGGGCUACGGCAGCAAAGGAAGAACUGGAAGGGGUGGAGAAAACAAUCGCAGCAAAGAAAACCGACGAGACGAAGAAUACGAAUGUUGACGUUGAGUCCGGGAAGGAGAAGAAGCCGUCCCGGAUGUGGGUGUUGAUGGAGGCCUUCAUCAUGACGUUCCUCGCAGAGUGGGGUGACCGAUCCCAGAUCACCACCGUCAUCCUCGCCGCCAAAUACAGCAUAUUCGGUGUGAUUCUUGGUGCCGUUCUGGGUCAUACGGCCUGCACUUCCCUGGCCGUGCUGGGAGGACGCCUCAUAGCAGACAGGAUAUCACUUCGCAUUGUGACUGUAUUUGGAGGCGUACUGUUUUUGGCCUUCGGCGCCUGGUCUCUCGUCAUUGCGAUUCAAGAGACGUUAUGAAAAUGGAGGAUCCUGCUCAAAUCGGACUGAAAGGGCAUUAGAUGACUAAAAGUGCCUUACAUUGUUUUUAAUCGGGUGUAUAAUUUUGGUUCAUGUACAUGUGGUUGUAUUGAUUGUACAUUUUAGUAUACUCACGUUAUUUCAUUAAAGUUUUUAGU